AUGUCUUUAGUUCAAGAGAAGCAAAUAGCUAUCACAGUAGUUAGUAGAGCAGCAAAUUUAGCUCAGAGUGUUUUUAAGAAGUUAGUAAACGCUGAAACUGUCACUAAGAAGGAUAAAUCACCAGUUACAGUCGCUGAUUACUCCUGUCAAUCUCUAAUUUCCUUAUUGUUAUCAAAAGCUUACCCAAAUGACCCAAUCGUUGGUGAAGAGGACGCAAAAGAUCUCCGCCAACCAACAGACGAAUCAAAGCAACUCAAGAACCGCGUAGUUGAUUUGGUCAAUGCUGAAUUAUCCAAGCCACAGGCUGCAGGUGAAGCUGAUGACCUCGAACUUGGCGUAACUCGCAGUGAAACCGAGUUACUCGACGCUAUCGAUAGAGGUACUUUCGAAGGUAGCGCUAAAGGCAGAAUGUGGUGUUUGGAUCCUAUCGAUGGUACAAAGGGUUUCUUACGCGGUGGUCAAUACGCUGUUUGUCUCGCUCUCCUCAUUGAAGGAAAAGUUGAACUCGGAGUUAUUGCUUGUCCAAACCUUCCAGUUGAUCCAUCAAAACCUGACGGUCCAAGAGGCGUGGUAUUUGGUGCAAUCAAGGGACAAGGUGCUUUCCAACGCCCUAUUAGCGAAACAAAUGGUCCACUUAGUAAAAUUUCAAUGAACAGCAUCACAAAGGAAUCUAUUGCGCAAGCUUCUUUCUGUGAAUCCGUCGAAUCUGGUCACUCAUCACAAGGUGACUCCGCCAACAUCGCUAAGGAAUUAAACAUUACCAAGGAGCCUGUUAGAAUGGAUUCUCAAGCAAAGUACUGCUCUAUUUCACGUGGUGAUGGUGAUAUUUACCUCCGUUUACCUGUCAGUGCCUCAUACGAGGAAAAGAUCUGGGAUCAUGCUCCAGGUCGUCUCUUGGUUGCUGAAGCAGGUGGUAAAGUUACUGACAUUCACAACAAGGACCUUGACUUCUCACUCGGACGUACAUUAAAGAACAACAAGGGUGUCAUUGUCGCUCACGAAUCCAUCCAUGGUGAUGUUAUCAAGGCUGUACAGAAGGUCCUUAACGUUGCAUAA